CCCCCAGCCACCACGCACGCAGGCUCCUCCCCGGCAGGAUCUGAGCUCACGGCCGAGGUGGCCGAGGCUGCGGCCGCCGCUGAAGUCACAUCCCGGCGGGCGGGUUGGCUGCCUCCGCCGCGGGGGGAGAAGGCGAAGCGAGCCGGUCACAUGAAGAGCUCGUGACCCAGCCGGGCCGGUUCCGGGGCGCCGCCGGCUGCAGCAGCCCUCCUCCCGCCGCCCAUGACGCCGCCGCCGCCGCAUCGCCUGCUGGUGCUGCCCGCUGCGGACGCAGCCAGGUAAAGUGGGGACUGUGCCCCCUCCCCCCCCGCCCCACAGGCCAUGUCUACAGAGAGCUCCCCCCUGCUCAGUUACCGGCUCUUCCGAGUGUCAGGGGAGGGAGAGAUGCUGGGGGCCACCCAGGAAGAGACCCCCCUCGUGGUGGGGGUCGUGGGGUCUGCUUCGGGGGCUGCUCACCCUGACCCAGCCCGGCAGCUCUCCACUUUCUUCGGGGUCUUCGUCCCGACUGUCCUGUCCAUGUUCAGCAUUGUCGUCUUCAUGCGCAUUGGCUUUGUUGUGGGUCACGCCGGCUUCCUGCAGUCGCUCCUCAUGUUGGUCGUCGCCUAUUUGAUCAUCUCGCUGACUGUCCUGUCUGUCUGUGCCAUCUCCACCAAUGGAGCAGUCCAAGCGGGCGGGGCUUACUUCAUGAUCAGCCGGACUCUGGGCCCUGAAUUUGGCGGCAGCAUCGGGCUCAUGUUCUACCUGGCCAACGUCUGCGCUUGCGGCGUCUACGUUCUCGGGCUGGUGGAGGCCAUCUUGGACGUCUUCGGAGCAGACGGCUCGGACCCUCCCGGUGGCAAGGGGCUCCCGCAGGGCUACCUGUACAGCUUCCUCUACGGCUCUCUCGUCCUCUUCCUGUGCCUGCUGGUGUGCCUCGUGGGUGCCCAGAUCUACUCCAGAGCGGCCUUCUUCAUCUUCCUGGUGGUCAACGUGGUCCUCGUCACCAUCUUUGCCAGCUUCUUUGCUGUCUCCCCGCAGGAGAUCAGCGUUUCCCGGGACAGCAACCAAAGCUUCAACGCUUCCUUCACUGGGUUCAACGUCUCCACCCUCAGGGACAACAUGUACGCCAUGUACUCUCGCGACUACACCACCAACAACAUGAUGUCCUUUGCCACCGUCUUCGCGGUCAUGUUCAACGGCUGUACAGGCAUCAUGGCAGGCUCCAAUAUGUCCGGGGAGCUGAAGAACGCCAGCAGCUCCAUCCCCAAGGGCACCAUCGUGGCCGUGGUUUACACCUUCGUCAUCUACUUCCUCCUCUUCUUCAUGACCAGCUUCACCUGCGAGAGGGCGCUGCUGAAAGGGGACUACGGCUUCUUCCGCGCCAUCAACAUCUGGCCGCCCUUUGUGCUGGUCGGCAUCUACGCUGCCUCGCUCUCGGCCUCCAUGAGCAACCUCAUCGGCGCCUCGCGGAUACUCCACGCCCUGGCAAAGGACGACCUGUUUGGGAUUGUGCUGGCACCGGCAAAGAUUGUCUCCAAAGGGGGGAACCCCUGGGUGGCCGUGCUCUACACGUGGGCCCUGGUGCAGCUGGUCCUCCUUGUCGGGAAGCUCAACACCAUUGCUGGCAUCGUGACCGUCUUCUACCUGGUGGCUUACGCCGCGGUGGACCUGGCCUGCCUGGCUCUGGAGUGGGCGUCUGCUCCCAACUUCCGGCCCACCUUCCAGGUCUUCUCCUGGCACACGUGCCUCCUGGGGAUCGUCUCGUGCCUGGUCAUGAUGUUCCUCAUCAGCCCGGCCGGGGCUUCGGGCAGCCUGGGGCUGAUGCUCUUGCUCCUGGGGUUCAUCCACCUCCGCUCAGCCGCCUCCUCUUGGGGCUACAUCAGCCAGGCUCUCAUCUUCCACCAGGUUCGGAAGUAUUUGCUUCUCCUGGACAUCCGGAAGGACCACGUCAAGUUUUGGCGGCCACAGAUGCUCCUCAUGGUGGCCAACCCCCGGGGUGGUUCCCAACUCAUCAAGUUCAUUAACCAUCUCAAGAAAGGGGGCCUCUUCGUGCUGGGGCACGUGGAGAUUGGGGACCUUGACACGAUGCCUUCCGACCCCAUCCAAGCCCACUACAACUUCUGGCUGAGCUUGGUUGACAAGCUGAAUAUCAAAGCUUUUGUGGACCUGACCCUCUCUCCAUCGGUCCGUCAGGGGACUCAGCACCUGCUGCGGAUCACAGGCUUAGGAGGGAUGAAGCCCAACACCUUGGUGCUUGGCUUCUAUGACAACUCCGUCCCCGAGGAUUACUUCCUGCAGGACCCGGCCUUCAGCCAAGCACGGGAGAACGACGAGUUCGGGGUGGACCUGGCAGCCCUCCAAGCCCAUUUCCCGCCGGUGAGGGACGCGGCCAGCCAGAGGGCCUUGAGCCCCGCUGAGUACGUGGCCAUCAUCUCGGACGCCGUGAAGAUGCACAAGAACGUGUGCCUGGCCCGCUACUUCCACCUGCUCGAGAAGGACCUGCCCCCCUCUUCGUCUUCCAAGAAGCGCUUCGAAGGCUGCUUCAUCGACGUCUGGCCCCUCAACCUCCUGCGCCCUAACACGCCCACCUACGUGGACAUCUGCAGCCUCUUCCUCCUCCAGAUGGCCUGCAUCCUGACCAUGGUCAGCUCCUGGAAGGCUGCCCGGCUGCGCAUUUUCCUCUGCGUGGAGUCCGGGGACGUGGGCUGGGUCAGCAAGGAGGAGAAGCUGCAGGAGCUGCUCAGCAAGCUGCGGAUCAAGGCCACCAUCAAGAUCGUCACCUGGGGCCAAGAGGGGGUCCUCCAGGGGCACCAGCGGGUGGGCGGGGAGGGUCAGGAUGCCGAGGCCCCACUGCCCCACAGCAGCGGUCCCCCUAACGGGGGGGAACUGGCUGGGGAGACCUUCCUGAACGCUGCCACCUUCCACGUGACGGACGAGUACCUGACCUCCGUCAACCACCUGCUGCUGAAGCAAGGGGGCCAGACGGCCGUGCGGUUCCUCUACCUCCCGCGCCCUCCGGCAGAUACUUCUCAGUACAAGCGCUACCUGGAGCAGCUGCAGAUCCUGACCACGGGCUUGGGGCCCACCUUGCUUAUCCAUGGGCUGACGCCCGUGACUUGCACAGAACUGUGAGGGACCCAGGAUGCGGGUGGAAGGUGGGUGGGGGUGGAAGAAAAACAGGUGCCUUGUCUCUUGUGUGGUGAAAAGUGCGCUGGGCGGCGGGUGGCGGGUGCGUUUGUGCCAGCGGCUUCGGAGAGGAGGACGUUGCAAAGGGCGAAUCGACUCCAUGAGUCUGUUCAGGUGAAGGCCCAGCAAUCUGGGGGAGGAGGAGAUAUGGGGUGGGUUUGGGGUUUUUUAAGAAGACGGGUCUUUCCCCACUGCCCGGGAAGGCUUUUCUUGCGGGGCAGAAGCCUUGGGCUGUCAAAACAGAUGCCUUGGAUGGGGUGGUUUUCUCUUGUGUUGGGGUGUGCCAGUCACUUCCUCUGGAACAGGAAGCGGCAUCGGGAUUUGCCUGAAAGCAAUAGACUGGUUGUCACACAGUGGUGGCCGCCUACCCCGGAAUCUCCCACCUCCUCAGGGGAAAAGAGGGCAGUGCCCCCCCCCCAACAAAAAAAAUUUGAGGCACUGGGGUGGACUGUUUGCCAGUGGACUGCUUUUCAGAAGCCUCCCCACUUUGCAGAAUGAUGGCAAAUUCCUGUCCCCUCUUUGGAGUCCCUGACCCAGAAGCCAGAGAGGGCCUUCCUGGCGUCCAACAAAGCGGCAUUUGUCUGCAGUGGGGAGUCUGCUGGGCGGGGGGGAAUCACAUGCACAAGCUGCCCUGUGUGUGCUGCCUGCCUGCAGUGGGUCUUCCGAGAGGGCUCCGUGCCCUUCCAAGAUGAAUCGCUCUUCAAUGGGGCUCCAGCUAACACAGGCCCUUCCCAUCACGACAUUUCCCCUGAAACUAGUAGCAAUUAGGGAGGCCGUCUCCAUCCCCACUUUGAUCUCCAUGGCCCUGUCUGCUCCCUCCUCCUCCUUACAAUAAAAUAAUCCUUAAGAUUAUUUUGUUUGAGGGGGGGGUGUGCUUUCUAGACAUUCUCCCUACUUGAGGCAUCUCCGCCCCACCGCAUGCUUGCUCACCCUGCUAACUCUAGACUACAAGCCAUUCCAAAAGGCAGGGAUGGGGGCGGGGUGUUCCCUCAACGGCCCCUGGGAUAUCCUGCAAACAUUUGCUAGUCCCUGCUGCCAUUGCACCCCCCCCCCCCGGGAGAAGGGGCUUAAACUAAUCUGACUAGUGGAUUUAAGUGUUUUCCUUUUUUUUUAAUGUGCCUCGGUGGAUGAUGACCACUGGUCAGUAGAGAGUGGGGGGCGGAGGUGUGUGUAACUGUGGUGCCCCUUUGGGGGCUAAUGUUGUACUUUCGGCUUUAACACUAAUGGGGUUAGUGGCAAGGAGGAGGGUAGAUUCCACUUUUUAAUGAAUGUGCGCAAUAAAAGUAAAACUUGCAAGAA